AUGGCCCAAAUCCCACUGAGCUCGGAAACUGAUGAUCCAAACACCGAGAAGGCACUCAAUGAUGAGAGUCCACUAUUGGAUACUACAACUGAGAAAGCGUUCGAUCACAGCUACAACUUUGAAAACAAAAUUCAUUUAGUUUCCAAAGACUUAUUUACUCAAGGUUUUUCUAAAUAUUUUCGGAAUGAUCUCUUCUCUGACGUAACGGUCAAUCAUGUUCCAACAAAUACAAGUUUUAGAUGUCAUAGAAUAAUUCUAGCGCACCAAUCACAGUUUUUUGAAAGUCUUUUUACUGGCCCAUUUAAAGAUUCAGGAGAUUGUGUAGAUGUACAUUUUGACGACAUGGAUGGUGUUUUUGAGAAGGUACUCGAAUAUUUAUAUACUGGAAACAUUACAAUUCCAGCAACCUCUAUCGUAGGACUACAUGUUGCAGCAGAUCAAUUAAUUUGUAAUGAUUUAUCAAAAAGUGUGAUGAUAUUUCUAGACGAAUUCCUUUCCGAGAAAAAUGUCUUUCAAAUUCUAAACUCUUCAUUGAGACAAUAUGAUGAUGCUAUUUUGGAGAAGGCAUGUGCAUACAUUGCCUUGCACUUUGUUUCUUUAAAUGACGAGUUCAAUUUAAUAUAUGCAGAUUUACCUUCACAAGUUUUCUUUGGAAUUAUUGCUCAUGAGAAUAUUGCGAAAGGAAGUGGUACUAAAGCCACCAAAAGCAAAUUGAUUAGUCAAUGUGUCGAUGAUUACUGUAAAAAGAAUAAUGUUUUAGAAAAUGUGGAAUUGCUUCAAUUGUGCAUUGACGCUCUUUCAGCUUCUGAAACCAUCACACCAGAUUCUGCUGCUUUUUAUCUUAUUCAAUGCCAAAAGCAUGAUUUAAAGGAACACAUAUCUGCUUGUACAAGAAUUUUGGCUCUAAACUUCAAUGAUCUCAAAAACCUGUCCAUCAUUUAUCAAUUCAAGCCUGAAACAUUUUAUGAAUUGCUUUCAUCUGAUGAAUUAUAUAUUGGACGAGAAGAUAAUGCAUUUGAAGUGAUUCUGUCCUAUUUCAAGCACCGAGACGAUGUGACAGAAGAACAACGACAGAAAAUUGCAAACACCAUUAGAUUUCCAUUCCUUUCCUAUGCUUAUCUCCAAAAAAUUGUAGAAAAAACGGAGCCAUUAAUUGCGAAUGUGGUGUUGGAAGAGAAUUUAGCGCUAUCCUUACUGGAGCGUAUUAAAAAGUUGGAAAAAAAGGGAACCUACAAAAUUAAUGAUGAAGAAGAAGGUCCAAUGUUCUUGAAACCAAGAACAACAAGAAUUUUCACUCACACUUCCGAUUUUGAUGAAUGUGGUAUUAUUUAUUGGUUGGGAACCUUAUAUUUGUCUGAGAAUUAUGUGUCCCCAACAACAAGAGGGCUUCUCAAAAUUUCAUGUUCGAGCACUUUUGAAGCUGGAGUAGAGGAUGACAUUAUUUCUAGAACUCCAGUCUCUUGUAAUUUGGUCAACAAUGCUAACACAACCAUAACAUUUGACUUUUUGCAACUAAUAAUUUUACCUUCCGCGUAUACGCUUCGACACACAUCCGCAAGAGAUACAGAGUGUUUAAGGAACUGGAGAUUCCAAGGAUCCAUUGAUGGAAACACUUUUGUUGAUAUCAAGGUUCAUAUCAACGAUCAAUCCAUAACCACCAAAUCUCAGUCUGUGACAUUCCCUGUUGAAUGUAACGAGUAUUUCAGAUAUUUCAGAAUUCUACAAGAUGGCCUCAAUAGCAGCUCCAACAACUAUUUGAGCUUGGGAGGUUUUGAAAUCUAUGGCCUUGUAAAGAGUACUGCUUGA